AUGUCAAAUAAGCUCACCUCCGUGUCUGAUUGUUGGGACGAUUUGACGCUUGACACCUCGAGGGUCAUUCCACAGUAUGAAGAAGAAGCUACGGAAAUAGUUCAAGAGGAGUUUGAGAAAAUCCAGGAUGAGUACGAUGCUACGAUUCUUAGAGAUGCUAAGAAAGCCUUUGCUGCCGAUCUGCGUUCGUACAAAGGCCUUAUAGUUCGUUACAAGACUUAUGAUAACUCAGAACCUCAAGUUCGCAAUUUUUCUCCUCUUAAGAAACGAAUUCACUUCCACUCCACCCCAGGCCUACCUCGAAUGCGUUACUUUGUUCAUACUGAAAACAACUUUGAGUGCGCAGACAGUUUCCGUCUAUCUCAUAUUCCCCAUAUUGACGACGAGCUAGAUGAUCGGCAGUUUGUUAAAGAACUUCGUCAAUGCUAUACCGAGGGUAUUCAUGGUGCUGAUCUGGGUUGUGGGGAGUACAUAAACGAUUACAUGAUGUAUAAGUUACUCUUGGCCGUUAUGAACGAGUGGGAUCGAGAAAAAUCAUAUAUUCAUGCUGCCAUCUUCAAAAUGUUUCCUAAUAAGUACUCUUUCAAAGAGCUUGAAGAGAACAUUUUUUUAACAUUGAAAGAGAGGUUCAACCCUUCCACUUCUGUCGUUCCUGCUGAAACGAAUAAAAUUGAUAAUAACGUUCAAUGUCUCAAUCAUAUGUUGUGUGCCAAAUGCUUGGAAUACGAUUGUAUCCGGCAUAUUUCUUCGGACAGUGUUGUGAGUCCCAUCAAAUCUACCAAAACUCCUGUCCCAAUCGGUAACAUGAUAACCCCCGUUGAACCUUGUGGUGAACAUUGCUAUCUCCUUUCUCAGUAUCCAACUGAAAUGUUCGAACCAGAGAGUGAAAUGGUGGUCAUCACCUUGAAAGCCAUGAUAGCCGCCAAGAACUUUGAAGUUUGUAAAGUUGCUAAAGUUUUGAACACCUUAUACAUGGAGUUCGACGAAAAACCAGUCAAAUGUGAACAGUGGUAUCAUUUGAUUGAAGCUUUCAUGGCAGAAACUGAUAAAAUCGGAGACCUCAAGCAAAAACGUAAGAAAGCUAAGAAGAAGUUGAGUCAACGUGAGAGAUAUAGAAUUUUCUGUCGUUAUCGUUCUAAAUUGGAUAACAGCCAAAAGAUGAGCCCUUGUAAGCAUGAGGGUCCUUGUCAUCUGAGUAAAGAUUGUGAAUGUAAUGUUUCAAAUUUAAUUUGUACAAAGUAUUGUGGUUGUGAUGAAACUUGUGUGAUAAAGUUUCCCGGAUGCUCGUGCGGAGCUGGUUCCUGCUCGACUCAAACAUGUCCCUGUUUUCUGGGAAAAUGGGAGUGUGAUCCGGAUAUGUGUAAAAGCUGUAACUGUGAUAUUCUGAACAUCAAAACUCGUGCAGAUGGUUCUGAGCUCCCUGUUUGUAAAAAUAUCAGUUUACAAGUUGGGCUGAAGAAAGAUAUUGAUAUUGGCUUAUCACAUAUUGCGGGUUGGGGAUGUUUCAUACAAUGCGAAGCCCAGAAGGGCGAAUUAAUAUCAGAAUACACUGGAGAAAUAAUAAGCAGUGAUGAAGCUGAAAGACGUGGUCGCAUUUACGAUAAGAAAAAAUGCAGCUAUGUUUUCAGACUUAAUACUGAGCAAUCUGUUGAUGCGGGUCGAGUCGGUAAUAUAAUCCGAUUCGCUAAUCAUUCGGACAUUGAUCCUAACUGCGAAUCUCAAAUAAUGAUGGUUAAUGGAGAUCAAAGGAUUGGCAUAUAUGCCAAACGUCGUAUUGAAGACGGAGAAGAAUUAUUCUUUAAUUACGGUUAUAAAGGAAAGAAUAAGGAAUACGUCUCGGUCAGACUCGAAAAAUUGAGAAAAAAGAAAUAA